AUGCCGCCUAAUCAGGCCGUUAGUACAGUAGCACCCGAGUUAAAGUUUUGUGUAGAGCAACCCUCUCAUGGGAUGCUGAGGUUCCUGGACCUCACAUUUCAUUGUAACCCGGGUUUUUGUUGGUCAUAUGGAAAAGAAAACUGCAAGCCGGUCCUGCCCUACUCAAGCGCACAUUCUAAACUUGUUAAGUUCGGUGUUUGUACAUCCCUCUUGAAUGCUGCAACGAAGAAAAGCUGUUUUCAUUUUGUUUGGAGUAGUUUACGGAAGCAAUGUGAAAGACUCACGCAGGCCGGGUAUGACAACCAAUUGAUUGCAAAGAGGGCCAUGAAAUUGCUUGAAAGUUCACAGUGUAGACCAUGGAAUGAUGGAAACUCUCGUAAUGUAGUUGUUAUUCCCUAUUUUCAUGCAGUUGCUCACAACAUUCUUGCUGUCGCUAAAUACUAUAAUAUCAAAGUUGUUUUUUCCAAUGCCUUUAAAUUAAGUCGUUUGACCCCCUUCAGCUCUAAAUCUGAAUUUUGUGGCGUGAGGCACAGGAAGCCUUUUGUUCCUUGCAAGCAGAACGUUGUGUAUUCUAUUCCCCUUGAGUGCGGCUUUGUAUACGUUGGCCAGACGCGCCGGUGCCUCAAUGACCGGAUUAGGGAACAUGCAGCAAAUGUUGAAAGAAUGGCCGGGUCUUCGGAACUGGUAGAUCAUUUACGGGAUUGUAGAGGUUGCCAGCCUUGCUUCAAGGACACUACAGUGCUUGCGUGGGAACCCUACGCACACCGAAGGUUGUUUCGGGAAUCCUUGGAGAUUGCCACCAGGGGAAACGUAGUUAGCAAUGCGUCUUUUAUCCCUCUCGCACCCCUUCGAAGAUUUUUAGCUUUUAAAUUGAGAUGA